AUGACAACAAUCAUUGUCACGAUGGCAGCUGAGCGGUUUGGUGAGGAGGAGAAGAAAGCUCCUGGAACACCCUACAUAAAGAACCACAGGGCAGAGAAGAUCCAUCUGUUAAGGCGGGAGAUGAAAGUGCUGAAGUCCCAGUACAAGGAGGCAGGAGAUGAGGAGCGCCUUGGUCUAUCCCAGCUGAUGGCCAUCCACCGGAAGAGGAUAAGGGUUCUCCGCCGGGCAGAGUGGCAUCGAAGGCGGCGGCGCGAGAGGGCUCGUAAGCGUGCGGCCUUCAUCGCCAACCCCUUCAAGUUCACCAAAGAUCUCCUUGGCCAGAAGCGCAGUGGAAAGCUGGCCUCCUCCAAAGAAGACAUCGAUCAACACCUUGCGGAGAUGUUCUGCGAUCCCGGUAAAGAGCUGGAACUUGGAGACUGUGACAUCCUCAUUGAUCCUCCCGAGCCACAGUUUCAGUUCGACAUGUCAGAGCUGAAGCUGAGGGAAAUCAAGGAAGUCGUCCAUAAAGCCAGAGCUUGCUCUGCUCCAGGACCGAGCGGCACCUCAUACAAGGUGUAUAAGAACUGUCCCAAGCUCUUGCUGCGGCUGUGGAAAAUCCUGCGGGUCUUCUGGAGGAAGGGGAAGAUCCCACAGCAAUGGCGAACGGCUGAAGGGGUCUGGAUCCCAAAGGAGGAAGAUUCCACCCAACUUGACCAGUUCCGCAUCAUCUCUCUCCUCUGCAUCGAAUCGAAGAUCUUCUUCAGCGCUAUCUCCAGGAGGCUGUGCACCUACCUAGCAAGGAACACCUACGUCGACACGUCUGUACAGAAAGGUGGAAUAUCAGGGAUGCCAGGCUGUGUGGAGCAUACAGGUGUGGUGACGCAGCUCAUCCGAGAGGCCAGAGAGAGCAAGGGUAACCUGUCAGUGCUAUGGCUUGACCUGGCCAAUGCAUUCGGCUCCAUUCCCCAUCAGCUGGUCCAGCUCACUCUGGUGAAACACCAUGUCCCCAGCAGGUGCAGAGACCUCAUCGCUGACUACUACAACAACUUCAGGAUGAGGGUCUCUGCAGGAGCAACACCAUCUAGCUGGCACAAGGUGGAUAUUGGUAUAAUCACAGGGUGCACAAUCUCUGUGACACUAUUCUCCUUGGCCAUGAACAUGCUCACCAAGUCUGCUGAACCAGAGUGUAGAGGACCCCUCAUGAGCUCUGGACAACGGCAACCACCCAUCAGGGCAUUCAUGGAUGACCUUACAGUCACCACAGAAUCCGUCCCAGGAUGUCGGUGGUUAUUGAGGGGUCUGGAGAAGAUGAUGGUGUGGGCCCGAAUGAGGUUCAAACCUGCUAAGUCGAGAUCCAUGGUACUGAGGAAAGGAAAGGUGGAGGACAAGUUCCGCUUUAACAUCGCAGGCACACCCAUUCCAUCAAUCACAGAAAAGCCAGUCAAGAGUCUUGGUAAGGUCUUUGACAGCUCCCUCAAAGACAAAACAUCUAUUCAGACAGCUUGUGCUGAGCUAGAUGGCUGGCUGAAAUCUGUGGAUAAAUCUGGCCUCCCUGGUAAAUACAAAGCAUGGGUCUAUCAGCAUGGCAUCCUCCCUAGGAUUCUGUGGCCUCUCCUUGUCUAUGCCAUCCCAUUGACCACAGUGGAGACAUUGGAGAGGAAAGUAAGCAGCCACCUACGGAGAUGGCUGGGGUUACCAAAGAGCCUGAGCAGCAUUGCACUCUAUGGGCGCAGUAACAAACUGCAAUUGCCCUUCAAAUCCUUGGAGGAGGAAUUCAAGGUAACACGAGCAAGAGAAGUGGUGCUGUACAGAGACUCCAGCGAUCCAAAGGUGGCCAAUGCUGGAAUCCAGGUGAGGACUGGCAGGAAGUGGAAGGCAGAAGAGGCUGUUCAAAUGGCUGAAGCUAGGCUGCGGCACAGGGCCCUGGUGGGAGUGGUGACACGAGGCAGAGCAGGCCUGGGAUCCUUUCCAACUCCGCAAGUGAACCCCAGUGGGAAGGAGAGGCGGCGCUUGGUCCAAGAAGAGGUGAGGGCAGCAGAAGAGGAAAUCAGAUCUUGCAAGUCGGUGGGCAUGAGACAGCAGGGGGCCUGGACAAGAUGGGAGAAUGCGUUAGAGAGGAAAGUGACCUGGACUGACAUCUGGAGAGCGGAGCCUCACCGCAUCAAAUUCCUUGUCCAGGCUGUAUAUGACGUGCUGCCCAGCCCAUCAAACUUGCACACUUGGGGCUUAGCAGAGUCACCAGCUUGCCCUUUGUGUUCUAAGAGAGGCACCUUAGAACAUGUCCUUAGCAGCUGUUCCACAGCGCUAGGAGAAGGGCGGUACCGGUGGAGGCACGACCAAGUCCUGAAGACCAUCGCUGAAGCCAUCAGCACAGGACUGGCAUGGGUAAAGCAGUUCCACCCCCCCAAGAAAGCCAUCGCCUUUGUUAAGGCUGGAGAACCAGUUGCCCCAUCCGGAAGAGCACCAGCAGGAAUUCUGACCUCUGCAAGGGACUGGCAGCUGCUAGUGGACCUUGAAAAGCAACUCAAGUUCCCGAGCCACAUCACAGCCACCACCCUUCGCCCUGAUGUUGUACUUGUGUCAAAUGCCACCAAACAAGUCAUCAUGCUGGAGCUGACAGUCCCGUGGGAAGAUCGCCUGGAAGAAGCCUUUGAAAGGAAGCUUUCCAAGUACUCAGGACUGGUCAGUGACUGCCAGCAAUCAGGGUGGAGGGCUAAGUGCCUCCCAAUUGAGGUAGGCUGCAGAGGCUUCGCAGCUCGGUCCUUGGCCAAUGCACUUGGAGGCUUAGGCAUCGUCGGACAGCAGAAGAGGAGAGCCAUCCGCAACACCACCGAAGCGGCAGAGAGGGCCUCAAGAUGGCUAUGGCUUAAGAGAGGCGAGCCAUGGAGUCGUGGUAGUUAGUUAGCCAACUGUACACAAGCUGGGGACUGAUCACCCCCGGCUGGGUCGCCUGGAUGAGGGUGUAUGAUGUUGAAAGACCCGAAACACCCAAUGAUUUCAGGAACAUCACUGACGAUGUGUCCAGUCGCAUCA